AUGGAGCUGCCGGACGAACUGGUGCUUGCGGUGCUGAGCCACAUCGACCCCCUUCGUGACACCGCGGCCGUGACAGCCACGUGCCGCCGUUGGCGCCGCUUCAUGUUCGACCCGCACCUCUGGCGCCAGUUCCACCUUCGCGUCUUUCCCACCCGCUGGCAACCACCACUCGACGAAGACCACGCGACCGACGCCACGCUCGGCCCCGUCGUCUCGCCCGCCGGCGGGGUGCAGUCGUGGCGCCUCUCGUUCGUGGCCAAGGCGAGCCGACUGAAGCAGGCCCUCAACGACGACAAGGCCCGGAGCGACUACGAGGGCCUCGAGUGGGACCUGGUGGCGGCGGCCAACGCGGGCUGCCUGCCGCUGGUGCGGCGCUACGCGGCCGACCUGAGCGACCUGCUGGUGCGUCGCGGGCUGGGCGCGGAGAGCCUGGCCACCCUCACAUGCCACAACCACCACCCCGUGCACUGGAAGCGCGUCGAGGGCAACCUGCUCCACGUGGCCCUCUGUGGCGCUUGCGCCGCCCACUCCGCCCCAACGGCCAAGGCGCUUCUGGAGCUUGGUGCCCAGGUCAAGUCCCCCGUCUCAACUGGGGGACCACGUCAAAAGUCCCCCUUGGUGGACGCGGCGGCGAGCCACAACGUCGAGUUCGCUGCCAUGCUCCUGGACCAUGGCGCCGACCCCAACGGCGACGACCCCUUGCUGGCGGCAGCGAGGGAGGGCGACAUGGCGAUGAUCGAGAUGUUGCUUCGGCGCAGAGCCCGCCCCGACGGCAGCGCGAUCAUCGCCGCGGCCCAGGGCGGCCACACCGACGCCGUCAAGCUUCUCUUCGACCGCGGCUGCAAUCUCAAGCACCUGUACAAACCGUUGGAAGCCGCAGUCCGGAACGGCCACGUGGACACGGCGCGCCUGCUGAUCGACCACGGAGCAGUGCCCGAUAUAUUUCAUGUCGCCUUCGCCCUGAGUGACGCCGAGCGGCCUUCGAUGGAACUGCUGCGCCUGCUGGCGUCGGGCAUAAACCCCAGCUGUUCGUACGAUCUGCUGAGUGGGUCACCCGUCGUCGCUGCGGGAAACGAGGAGGUGUGCCGCUUCCUGGUCGAGCACGGCGUCAACAUCAACGUCCUGAACGAAGCGCCAUUUAGGAUGGUCGAAACGCCGCUGCACUGUGCUGUCCGCAACAAAAAUGUGGCACACGUGCGGUGUCUGCUGGCGUGCGGCGCGGCGACGGACAUCAAGGACGAAGAGACCAAGGUGACCGCACUGAGCUUGGCCCGCCAGUUCGGACUCACUGAGAUCGCGCAGCUCAUUGUCAAGCACCGCGCGGCCGCCAAGCAGAAGAAGAAGAGCGAAAACGACAGCAAAAAGAACGAAGCUAAAAAGCGAAAGAGCCCCGAGUCCAAGAGCGAAGACAACGAAGAAAGUGAAGACGAAGAGGAAGACGCGCAGCCGGCCAACAGGAAGAAAGCGAAGAAGACGACCGUGACAACGAAAGCGAAGAAGGAGAAGGUGAAGAAGGAGGUGUCGAGCGAGAAGCAGGAGGAGCUGGCGCUGGAGGCCGAUGUGCGGCGGCUGGCCAAGCUGGACAAGACGGACAUGUUCUCACUGCGGCAGCUGCUGCGGAAGAGUGCAUGCAUGAAGCCCAGUGAAAUGCCCAAGCGCAAGAUGGAGAUGUUGCGGGCGGCGAUGGAGUGGCUCACCAACGGCAACGCCCAUCCCUCCCUCACAGAUCAGUGA